ACGUAUAUACAGAGCCUCCUUGGCCCUCCUGGAAAGACAACCUUCAGGUCCAACCCUGGGGCUGCAGGAGUGGACCCCACUCUGAAGAGGCAGCCUUUCUCCAGGUUCUGUCUCUCCCAUCCUGAUUCUUGACACCAGAUGCAGGAUGCUGUCCUCUCCCUGCACGCCGGCAAGCUCACGGACUUGCUCCCGUAUCCUGGGACUGAGCCUUGGGACUGCAGCCCUGUUUGCUGCUGGGGCCAACAUGGCACUCCUCUUUCCUAACUGGGAUGUGACCUACCUGUUGAGAGGCCUCAUUGGCAGGCAUGCCAUGCUGGGAACUGGGCUCUGGGGAGGAGGCCUCAUGGUACUCACUGCAGCUAUCCUCAUCUUCUUGAUGGGCUGGAGAUACGGCUGCUUCAGUAAGAGUGGGCUCUGUCGAACUGUGCUUACUGCUCUGUUGUCAAGUGGCCUGGCUUUACUUGGAGCCCUGAUUUGCUUUGUCACUUCUGGAGUUGCUCUGAAAGAUGGUCCUUUUUGCAUGUUUGAUGUUUCGUCCUUCAAUCAGACACAAGCUUGGAAAUAUGGUUACCCAUUCAAAGACCUGCACAGUAGGAAUUAUCUAUAUGACCGUUCGCUCUGGAACUCCGUCUGCCUGGAGCCCUCUGCAGCUGUUGUCUGGCACGUGUCCCUCUUCUCCGCCCUUCUGUGCAUCAGCCUGCUCCAGCUUCUCCUGGUGGUCGUUCAUGUCAUCAACAGCCUCCUGGGCCUUUUCUGCAGCCUCUGCGAGAAGUGACAGGCAGAACCUUCACUUGCAAGCAUGGGUGUUUUCAUCACCGGCUGCCUUGAAUCCUUUCUCCAAGGAAUGGGUACGAAUUAUAAACAAACUUCCCCUUUAGGUAUCCCUGGAGUAAUAACGACAACAAAAUUCACUGCAUGUCGGUGGAAUGAUAGAAUCAUUUUAAAUCACACUGUAAACUUGCAGGUGACCCAUGGGUAGGAUAAAUAACUGAGUCAUUAUAAUUGUGUGGGAAUUGAUAGUCCAUCAAAUAUCCUCCAGCCAGGGUCUCAUUUCAGCUUCUUGAUAAUCCCAUAAAAUUGGCCAGUUGUUACACAUAGAGAAGGUGAGGCUCACAGAGGGUAACAGGCUUGCUGUAAAAGCACGCAGUGAAGUUAAGGUGAAGUCAGCACCUGACCCCCUAUCUCCUUGUUUUUUUGUUGUUGCUGAGACAGGGUCUUGCUCUGUUCCCGUCUGGAGUACAGUGGCACAAUCAUAGCUUACUGUAACCGACAACCCAUGCACUCAAGCGAUCCUCCUGCCUCAGCCUCCGAGUAGCUGGGAAUACAGGCACACACCGCUACACCUGGCUAAAUUUUUUAUUUUCUGUAGAGAUGGAGUCUCACUACAUUGCCCAGUCUGGUCUUGAACUCCUGACCUCAAGUGAUCCUCCCAGCUUGGUCUCCCAAAGUGCUGGAUUACAGGCAUGAGUCACUGUGCCUGGCCCCAACCCCCAAUCUUCUAAAUUCAACUUCUCCGGUUAUUGUGGACUAAAUAGUGUUUCCUCCAAAUCUGUAGGUUGAAGCCCUAACCCCCAAUGUGACAGUCUUUGGUGAUGGCACUUUUCUUUUUUUUUGAGACAGUCUCGCUCUGUCACCCAGGCUGGAGUGCAGUGGCAAGAUCUCGGCUCACUGCAACCUCCACCUCCCAGGUUCAAGUGAUUCUCCUGCCUCAGCCUCCUGAGUAGCUGGGAUUACAGGCAUGUGCCACCACACCCAGCUAAUUUUUGUAUUUUUAGUAGAGACAGGGGUUUCACCAUGUUGGCCAGGCUGGUCUCGAACCCCUGACUGCAAGUGAUCCACCCACCUUGGCCUCCAAAAGUGCUGGGAUUACAGGUGUGAGCCACCACGCCUGGCCAUGAUGGCACCUUUAAAUUAGUAAUUAAGGUUAAAUGAGACUGGGCGCAAUGGCUCACACCUGUAAUCUGAGCACUUUGGGAGGCCGAUGUGGGAAGAUCACUUGUGACCAGGGGUUUGGGACUAACCUGGGCAACACAGUGAGACUUUGUCUCAAAAAAAAAAAACAAAAAACAAAACAACAAACGAUUAAAUGAGGCCAUAGGGUGGGACCCUAAUUAAAUAGGACUGGUGUGCUUAUAAAAAGAGGAAGAAAGAACAGAGCUCUCUACACUGGCUCAAAGAAAAAGGCCCUGUGAGGACGCAGUGAGAAGGUGGCUGUCUGCAAGCACAGGGGUGAGGACUCAGGAGACACCAAACCUGCUGGCACCUGGAUCUUGGACUUUUAGCCUCCAGCACUGUGAGAAAAUCUAUUUCCAUUGCUUAAGUGGCCCAGUUCAUGGUAUUCUGUAACAGCAGCCUGGCAGACUAACACAGCAGCGUUCUCUUCACUGGUGUUCAAGAGUUCAACACGUAGAGGAGCAUCACCUCUGUCCACACAGUUUGGAUAUCUGUCCCCACCCAAAUCUCAUGUUGAAUUGUGAUCCCCGGUGCUAGAGGUGGGGCCUGGCAGAAGGUGUGUGGAUCACGAGGCGGAUCCCUCACGGCUCAGAGCUGUCUUUGUGAUAGUGGGUUCCCGCGAAAUCUGGUCAUUUAGACGCGUGUGGCCCCUCUGGCUUCUCUCUCGCCUGCCCCCUCUUCACCUGCUGCCAUGAGUAACAGGUCUCUGAGGCCUCCCCAGAAGCUGAGUGAUGUGGGUGCUAUGCUUCCUGUAACACCUGCAGAACUGUCAGCCAAUUACAUCUUUUUUUUUUUUUUCUCGA